AUGCAUGCAUGCAAGUCAGGCAUGCAAGUCAUCCAAACCGCCGGGCAAGGCAAGGCAAAACAAGACAAGACAAGGGACCUCACUGGCAAGCGUAGCCGGGCCCCGGAAUCCCUCUUCGCCUGUAACGCCGACGCCCCGGAUUCCGACAAAGAGGGGGGGGACAUUUCUAAGUACAAGCAACGGUAA